AACAAUCAUUGAAGGGGAGUCGGAUUCAAAUCCUUCUUCGUCUUCUCUUUCUUUCCUUUUUUCUAGCUAUAACCUUUACCGAUCUUUGUGCUUUUCGCUUGUCUGCUACUGUUGAGAUUUCAAGCCUUUUGAUCACUGAGAAGGAUCUGUAACUCAAUUGUAACAAUGCCUCCAAGGACGGUGAAGAGGGGAGGGGCUGCAGCCGGCUCUAGGAAGACGCCCAGAGCAGCGAAAACAACUCCGAAGUCCCAAAAUCAACCCGAAGUUACCGAAGAAACGGCCAAGGUCGAAGAGGUUCAGGUAUCUGCCGUUGAAGUUAAAGAAGAGACGAUAGUGGAGACUAUUGAGGUUAAGGAAGAUGAGGGGCCUAUUGAACCUGAAGCUCACUCGGUACCCGAGGCUAACGGGUCUGUUAAGGAUGAAGUUGGUGUUAAGGAGUCUCUUGAGGAAGACGAUAAAGGUGAGCGGUUAGAGCUUGAUGAUAAUGAACCUGAAUAUGAGCCUGAAGAAGAUGGUGGGGUGGAAUAUGAUGAGAAGGAAGUUGAACAUGAGGAUGUUCAGGAGGGAGACGAUGAAGAUGUGGAAGAGUCCGAGGGUGAUGUAGGUGACGAAGAAGAGGGUGAUAUGGUUGAGGAGGAAAUGGAAGAUGGUGCUGAGGAAAUUGAAGGUGACGAGGACAAUGAAAACGUUGAGGGAGAACAUGAAGAGAUCUUCGAUGAAGAGGAAGAGGAGCAUCAUGAAGUUGUUAAGGAAAGGCGCAAACGAAAGGAGUUUGAAAUAUUUGUUGGGGGCUUGGACAAGGAUGCAACUGAGGAUGAUCUUAGGAAAGUUUUCAGUGAGGUUGGUGAAGUUACUGAAGUCAGGCUGAUGAUGAAUCCUCUGACAAAGAAGAACAAGGGCUUUGCAUUCUUACGGUUCGCUACUGUCGAACAAGCGAAACGAGCAGUUACAGAACUUAAGAACCCAGUGGUCCAUGGGAAACAGUGUGGUGUGACUCCAAGUCAAGACAGUGACACCCUUUUCUUGGGAAACAUAUGCAAGACAUGGACAAAGGAAGCUUUGAAAGAGAAGUUGAAACAUUACGGAGUUGAGAAUGUUGAUGAUCUGACAUUGGUUGAAGACAGUAACAAUGAAGGAAUGAAUCGUGGAUUUGCUUUCCUGGAGUUCUCUUCUCGUUCAGAUGCCAUGGAUGCUUACAAGCGUCUUCAAAAGAGGGAUGUUGUCUUUGGAGUUGAUAGGCCUGCAAGGGUUUCCUUUGCAGAUUCUUCUGCUGAGCCAGAUGAUGAGAUAAUGGCACAGGUUAAAACAGUAUUUGUGGAUGGCAUCCCUGCUUCAUGGGAUGAAGACCGUGUCAAGGAGCAUCUAAAGAAGUUUGGUGUGAUUGAGAAGGUUGAGCUUGCCCGUAACAUGACAUCAGCUAGGAGAAAAGAUUUUGGUUUUGUCACGUUUGACACCCAUGAUGCUGCAGUGGCAUGUGCUGAAGGGAUUAACAAUGCAGACUUGGGUGAGGGCGACAGUAAGGUUAAAGUUAGGGCUAGGUUGUCACGGCCACAUCGCAGAGGAAAAGGGAAGCAUGUUGUUCGUGGAGAUUACCGACCUGUAAGAGGCAUACCCCGAGCUGCAAGGGGUCCCUGGGGUCGUCCUGCUCCUAGAAGCUUUGUUGGACGAGCUCCUAGAGGAAUCGGUGGACGAGUGGCUCCGGCUCCUCGUGGAAUCAAGAGGUCAUUGGGAUUUAGAGAUCGGCGCCCUGUUAUGGCCAUGCCAGAGAGAGUUAGACCCUUGCCUCCCCCAGAGAGGUCUUAUGUCAGGAGAGCUCCUGUUUCUUCGUAUCCAAAGAGUACUUCUAAGAGGGAUUAUAGUAGGCGUGAGGAACUUCCUCCAAGAACCAGAGCUGCUGCAGAUUAUGGUUCCCGAGUUGCUGAGAGGCGUUCAUCCUACAGGGAUGAGUAUGCCCAUGGAUCUGGCUAUGCCGAUGAUAUGCCACGGGGUUCUUCUCGCACUGCAGGAAGGAGGGCCUAUGUGGAUGAAAGUUAUGGUAGAAGAUUUGAAAGGCCGCCACCUCCAAGUUAUCGUGAAGGGCGUGCCCGUGAUUAUGACUCAAUCUCCGGAUCUAAACGCCCAUACUCUGCAUUGGAUGAUGUUCCUCCACGUUAUGCUGAGCCCAGUGUCCGUCAGUCAAGAGCUCGUUUGGAUUAUGGAGUUGGCAGCAGUGCUGCUCAGUAUGGGGAUGCUUACAGCGAAAGGCUUGGGAGAUCUCACUUAGGAUAUGCAAGCAGCAGGAGUUCUCUAUCUGGUCAGGAAUCACAUGGACUUUAUGGAAGUCGUCAGACUGUGGGUUAUGGUGGAGGUUCUUAUGGUGGUAGUGAUGUUGGUGGAAUGUAUUCAUCAAGCUUCGGUGGUGAUUACAUGUCACGUGGACCUGAUGUUGGUGGUAGUUCAUAUUCAUCCCUGUAUUCGAGCCGUGGCCUGGGUGGUAGUGGUUAUCUAGGCAGUGGUGGUUCUGGAUCAUACUAUUGAGGAAAGCUUCCCUGAUGAUAGUCCUUCCUCUCUUUAGGACGAACAUAGGUUCAGAACUGUGGAAAAUUUUGGAAAUGUUGAGAAAGGGUUUUUGGGGAUGAAGAUUGGGUCCAGUAGGGACAGGACUGGAUCAAAUUCCAGGUGUAAUGAUAUGUCCGAAUUAAGGUCAAAUUAAAUCCUGGGUAUCAAGGUAUUUUGGUUUUAGAAUCACUACUUUGUGUUAUGCCCCUUCGUCUUUGCCGGCCUUUCCAUUGGUAUUUCAUGGCUUCUCCAUGCCACUUCUCUACGCCCUUCCGGUAAAUGUUCAAUAUUUGUGGUUGCUACUGUAUGUAUUAUUUGCUUGAUAUAUAAUGGGAGCUUGUAAUCUUUGACCACUGGAUUAACAAGAACUAGAAGCCAUGCCACUUCUCUAUGCCCUUCCGGUAAAUGUUCAAUAUUUGUGGUUGCUUAUGUAUGAGUUAUUUGCUUGAUAUAUAAUGGGAGCUUGUAAUCUUUGACCACUGCAUUAACAAGAACUAAAGAGAAAUAUAAUUAAGGUUCUCAGUA